CCAUGACCGCCAACAUGCUGCCCCUGCUGCUGCUCGCCGCGGCCAUCGCGGCCCAGGCGACAGUGCUCCGCGACGGGAGCCCGGCCGUCGAGAUCCUGGACGAGCACGUCAAGUCGUACCUCCACGCGCACGGCCUCAUUGCGGUGGACCCCAAGGCGCUGAACCCCGUGACCAAGGUCUUGCUCGGCCUGGCGCCUCCGCCCCCGCCGAUGCCCGUCGCGCCUUUCCCCUACUUCCCCGGCUUCGGUGGCGGCUUCGGCUUCGGCGGCGGCUUCGGGAAUGGCUUCGGCAACGGCUUCGGCGGCGGCUUUGGAAACGGCUUCGGAAACGGCUUCGGAAACGGCUUCGGGAACGGCUUCGGCGGACUGGUUCCGUAUCCGCUGCAGGGCACUGCAGCAGGCGCCGGCGUCGUCGUCGCUUCCAACCCCAACGGCACCUUCACCACCUACCAGCUCUCCCUCAAGCCGAUCGAGACCGAAGUCCUCAAACGCAUCUCGUAA